AAAAUGUGUCUCUGGCCAGCAGGAGGAAGGAAGAGGAAGUGAGAGCAGCGGCAGCCGGCGGCGCAGCAGCCGGCCGACCCAGAGUGUAAGUGCGUGUGCUUGGGCGAGCGGGAGCGGGCGAGGAUGGGCACGGGAUAGAGGCACAGCCACCCAUACCAACGCGGCCUCGAGCUGGGCGACAGAACCUCCGGCCCCGCUUCCAUGAUCACAGGUCACCAGAUCUCUGAUCGCUGGGAACACUUGCCGCCGCCGCCGCCGCUGUCCUGCGACCCCUGAGCAGGUAUAGACACGUGUGGCGUCUACGCGUAGGAUCCCCAGUUCCGCUGGCUUUGGAAGUUUUGGGGGCUCACAAUGCCGCCACCCGCGGACAUCGUCAAGGUGGCCAUAGAAUGGCCGGGCGCCUACCCCAAACUCAUGGAAAUUGACCAGAAAAAACCACUGUCUGCAAUAAUAAAGGAAGUCUGUGAUGGGUGGUCUCUUGCCAACCAUGAAUAUUUUGCACUGCAGCAUGCUGAUAGUUCAAACUUCUAUAUCACAGAAAAGAAUCGCAAUGAAAUAAAAAAUGGCACUAUCCUCCGAUUAACCACAUCGCCAGCUCAAAAUGCCCAGCAGCUCCAUGAACGAAUCCAGUCGUCGAGCAUGGACGCCAAGCUGGAAGCGCUGAAGGACUUGGCCAGCCUCUCCCGGGAUGUCACGUUUGCCCAGGAGUUUAUAAACCUGGAUGGCAUCUCCCUCCUCACGCAGAUGGUCGAAAGUGGCACUGAACGAUACCAGAAAUUGCAGAAGAUUAUGAAGCCUUGCUUUGGAGACAUGCUGUCCUUCACCCUGACAGCCUUCGUCGAGCUGAUGGACCAUGGCAUAGUGUCCUGGGACACGUUUUCUGUGGCGUUCAUUAAGAAGAUAGCCAGUUUCGUGAACAAAUCAGCCAUAGACCUCUCAAUCCUGCAGCGGUCCUUGGCUAUUUUGGAGUCAAUGGUACUCAACAGUCAUGACCUCUACCAGAAGGUGGCGCAAGAGAUCACCAUCGGCCAGCUCAUUCCACAUCUUCAAGGGCUGGAUCAAGAAAUCCAAACCUAUACCAUUGCAGUAAUUAAUGCCCUUUUUCUGAAGGCUCCUGAUGAGAGGAGGCAGGAGAUGGCGAAUAUUUUGGCUCAGAAGCAACUGCGUUCCAUCAUUUUAACGCAUGUCAUCCGAGCCCAGCGGGCCAUCAACAAUGAGAUGGCGCACCAGCUGUAUGUCCUGCAAGUGCUCACCUUUAACCUCCUGGAGGACAGGAUGAUGACCAAGAUGGACCCCCAGGACCAGGCUCAGAGGGACAUCAUAUUUGAACUUCGAAGAAUUGCUUUCGAUGCAGAGUCUGAACCUAAUAACAGCAGUGGCAGCAUAGAGAAACGCAAGUCCAUGUACACUCGGGAUUAUAAGAAGCUUGGCUUCAUUAAUCAUGUCAACCCGGCCAUGGACUUCACUCAGACGCCCCCUGGGAUGCUGGCUCUGGACAACAUGCUGUACUUUGCUAAGCACCACCAGGAUGCGUACAUCCGGAUUGUGCUUGAGAACAGUAGCCGAGAAGACAAGCACGAAUGUCCCUUUGGCCGCAGUAGUAUAGAGCUGACCAAGAUGCUCUGUGAGAUCUUGAAAGUGGGCGAGCUGCCCGGUGAGACCUGCAAUGACUUCCACCCGAUGUUCUUCACCCACGACAGGUCCUUUGAGGAGUUUUUCUGCAUCUGUAUCCAGCUCCUGAACAAGACCUGGAAGGAAAUGAGGGCAACUUCUGAAGACUUCAACAAGGUAAUGCAGGUGGUGAAGGAGCAGGUUAUGAGAGCGCUUACAACCAAGCCUAGCUCCCUGGACCAGUUCAAGAGCAAACUGCAGAACCUGAGCUACACCGAGAUCCUGAAAAUCCGCCAGUCUGAGAGGAUGAACCAGGAAGAUUUCCAGUCUCGCCCGAUUUUGGAACUAAAGGAGAAGAUUCAGCCUGAAAUCUUAGAGCUGAUCAAACAACAACGCCUGAACCGCCUUGUGGAAGGGACCUGCUUCAGGAAACUCAACGCCCGACGGAGGCAAGACAAGUUUUGGUAUUGCCGGCUUUCACCGAAUCACAAGGUCCUGCACUACGGAGACUUGGAGGAAAGUCCUCAGGGAGAAGUGCCCCACGAUUCCUUGCAGGACAAACUGCCGGUGGCAGAUAUCAAAGCGGUGGUGACGGGAAAGGACUGCCCUCAUAUGAAAGAGAAAGGUGCCCUUAAACAAAACAAGGAGGUGCUCGAACUUGCUUUCUCCAUCCUCUAUGACUCAAACUGCCAACUGAACUUCAUCGCUCCAGACAAGCAUGAGUACUGCAUCUGGACGGAUGGGCUGAAUGCGCUGCUCGGGAAGGACAUGAUGAGCGACCUGACCCGGAACGACCUGGACACCCUGCUCAGCAUGGAGAUCAAGCUACGCCUCCUGGACCUGGAGAACAUCCAGAUCCCAGACGCGCCCCCGCCCAUCCCCAAGGAGCCCAGCAACUAUGACUUCGUCUACGACUGUAACUGAUGUGGCCGGGCCGCACACGCCUUCUCCAAAACUGGAAACUCUGCUAACAGGAGAGAGGAAUGAAAACACACCCUCGCCUUGGAACCCCCCUUUGGUGAAGGGAAGCUGUGGGUCAGCACUUCCUUCAGCCGCGCCUCUAGCCCGGGCAUCUCUCGGCCCCUACCUGGCAUCUUGCUCACCUCCCUGGCUCUGUUUCUAGGCUCCACUGCUUUAGAUCACUUCCUGUUGCUGCAGACCACUGGUGGGACAUGAGCAAAGCCCACCAUCAGAGAGCCAAGGGGCCCCUCCAGCCCAGCCCCCAGCAGGCAAGCCCUUCCUUCCCGGAGUAGGAAGCCAGCAGCCCCAGAUGGCCCCCAAACUUGCCCACCAGGCAAGUGCCCAAGGCCUGUGUCUGGAGGAAAUGGCCUAGCGUCCUCCUUGCCCUUCUCUCUAGAGUCAGCUCAUACCUCCAGUUCCAUUUGAAUUGAGAUCUGCUUUCAAGACUCCUGCCUCCCUCCCCAUCUUGGCCUCACCCUGUCCCUCUUUGCUGCCCCAAGAGCGUCAGUAGCCACCUUCUUGUAGCCCUCGCCAGCACCGGGUCUCACAGACACACAGUCCACAGGUCUCACACCCACUUUGCAUCUGCACUGUGACCGUCACCCACUUUCCCUCCUUGCUAGCUGGUCUGGGAUUUCCUCUCCCUGCUCUCGGCCAGACCUGCCUUCAUUUCCACACACGCUCCCAGCCUCUUAGCUGAAAGCACAACUGGUGAAAACAGUGUUCAUGCUCCAUCUCCACGAGACUGCCUCAGUGACGGGCUGUUGCUAUCCAAGGGUUUGGUGUGACUUUUCCUGAGAGUUCUGCAGCAACACAGGCUCCACAGGAGGGUCACGCUGUCAGACAUCCAAGUUUACAUCAUUGUAAUUAUUACAGGUAUUUACAAUUUGCAAGGGUUUUGGGUUAGGUUUUUGUUUUUUUGUUUUUUUUUUUUUUUGCUUUGUUUUUGUACAAAAGAGUCUAACAUUUUUGCCAAACAGAUAUAUAUUUAAUGAAAAGAAGAGAUACAUAAAUGUGUGUACUUUCCAGUUUUUUUAAUUAUUUUAAUCCCAAACAUCUUCCUGAGAAUAACAUUCCCUUAAACAUGCUGUGGAAUAAAAUGAAUUGUGAUGA